AUGCCUUUGGAACUUCACGAGUUGAGCGGCGACGCCGAGUUUCCCGCCCUGGUGGAUGGCCUAUGGAGGGGCUAUGAUCAGCCGUUCAACGGCUUCUGGGAGAUUCUAAAGGGCCCAUCGAAGGAAGAAUGCAUUGCUCGCUAUCAGUCCUGGCACAAAGCCGAUCCCACUAGCCACUGGCUGUAUGUUACGGACUCUGAAACCAACCAGGUUGCUGGCGCAAUGCAGUGGAAUAUUUUUGAAACAAAUCCAUACAUCAAUGGCCCACCAUCGCUGCCAGCCUAUUGGUGGCCUGAGGGCACCCUUAAGGAAAUAGCAGACCAACUGUUCGCCGGUUUCUUCUCUGGCAGACCCAGCAGGUUUGGGAGACCGCAUCUUUUAAUCAGCUACUGCUUCACUGAUCCCAACUACCGGCAUCGUGGCGUCGCCAGUCUAGCUAUGAAAUGGGGGCUUAAAAAGUGCGAUGAACUUGGCUUAGAUGCAUUUGUUGAGUCAACCGAGGAUGGUCGUGGGUUUUACGAAGCUCACGGAUUCGAAGUAUUUGAUGACUUCACCUUGGAUGCGUCCACGAAUAGUCCAAGUGAGGAAUUUACGCAACAGAAAGUGGCGCUCCAAUUGCCCCUGCACGGUUAUUACAUGAAGAGGCCUUUCGUUGCAAAGUUGUCAUCUACCUAA